AUGACUUUUCACUUGCACCAUAAUGGCGAGUUCACAAAAGAAAAGUAUGUUGGUGGAUCAGUUAUUACUUAUGGGGACAUGGACCUCGAUCUGUUCUCAUACUCAGUACUGAUGGAGUGGGUCAAAGAACUUGGUUAUGCGGAAAUCGGAGGGGUUUAUGUCAGGAAGGAAAAAGGCUGGGAAUUGGUGACGAAAGAUGCUGAUAUUAAUGUGUGUAUUUUGGAAAGUAAGACUUCUGAAUUGGAUUUGUUUGUUGACUGUGAUGUUGAUAAAGGGAUAGAGCCGGCCAAACAAAUGCAACCUCACGUGAUUGUCAGGCCAAAGAAAAAUCCUAUUAAAGCCACAGUGAAGAAUCCCAACAAGCGCAAGUUUGUAACUCUUAAAGACAUUAAUCAUGAAAAGGAACAGAGGUUGGUGACUGCAAGAAGAAAGAUAUCAUUUAAGUUGCCUGCUGCAAGUGAAACAAAGAAGACUGAUGCCAUUUUGAAAGCAGAUGUGAUGAAGGAAAAGGAAAAAGAGGGGAAAAAAUUGAUUGGAUCAGUAACAGAGUAUGCAGACUUAGUGUAUGGUAAAUAUGACUUGGUGGAAGGAUGUGGGGAAGUUGGAGGAACCGAGGAGGUUGAUAAAGGUGUUGGAGUUGGUAAAAAUACGGAGAAGGUGAAAAAAGGAGCUGAGGUUGGGGUUGGUAAAGAUACUGGGGUGAAAAAAGGAGCUGGGGUUGGGGUUGGUAAAGAUGCUGAGGAGGUGAAAAAAGGAGCUGGGGUUGGGGUUGGUAAAGAUGCUGAGGAGGUGAAAAAAGGAGCUAACCCUGAAAUUCCAGGAACUUGGGUUGAGAAGGCAUUCUGCAGGGACCCCUGUCCAAAAAAGCCUAACAAUCGCAAGGCAUUCAGUGAUGAUAAAGAAAGUGACAACUACGACCCGAAAAAUGACUCGGACCAAUCUAGUGACAAUGAAGAGGAUAUGGCUAUAUCUAAGCGGAAGAAAAAGGCCGGUAAGAGUGUGCUUGGGUCUGGACCAAGAACUCGGUCGCGGGCAUCCAGGAUUGUAUUGCCACCACCUGUGAAGCAAGUUAAUGAUGCAGUGGAGGUUGAGGUUAAUAAGGAGGUUGAGGCAAAUGAUGAUACACCAAAAGUUAGUACGGUAGAGAGACUUAAGUUGAUGAGAACAAAUGCUCCUGGUUCAAUGGCUGCCUAUUUACAGUUACGCGAGCAAGAAAAGAUGCAGGCUGCAUUGGAGACUACGCAGCAAUCACAGUCCCUAACUGAGAAUUUGCAACAGCCAGGUACGCCACCAGGCCAACCUGAAGAAGAAGAAAAACAGAGAAAGCCACGAGGGAAGUCAAAACUGACUCAUGUCCAUACAAGAGGGGAAAAGAGAGAGAUCAAGCUAUCUGAUCUCGGGCAACCAGUAGAUGAUGAUGAACACCUGAUUAGGGAGUUCAGCAAUUUUUUAGGAACAACAGUAAGGGAGUUUGUCUCUCUUACAUGUCGUAGUUGGACCGAAGUUCCACAAAAAGAUAUCAUGUGGGAAUAUGUGAAGGACAAGUACGUAAUCCCUGAAGAAGGUUAUGACUGGGUUAUGACGACGAUGCGGGACUUGUUUAGGGGGUACAAAGCUCGGAUCAGGAGGGAUUACUAUUAUAAAUAUCAAACUGGUGAGGAGAGGCUAGAAAAUAGGCCUAGGGAGGUUCCAUUGAAAGACUUCAAGAUAUUGUUAGAAUACUGGGCUGAUGAGAAAAUAGCGAAAAAAGCAAGAACAAAUUCAGAAUCUCGAAGGCUUAUAACUGAAACACAUACUGCUGGAAGUAGGAGUUUCGCACAAAUAAGUCACAAUAUGGCACUUGAAAGAGCAUUGAAGGCUACCCGUGAACAACCACCAGCGCCAAUAUCAGAUGCUGAUGUUUAUGUUAAAACACGCAAACGGGAAAGCACAAGAACAUACAAGCUACCUACUGAAGAUGUUGAGAAAAAAGUAAAAAAUGUAGAGAAGCUGCUGAAAGAUGGAACAAUUGACGAAGCUGAUGAAGUUGUUUAUGGUGGGAAGGAUCACAGUCGCACAUUUUUAGUGGGGAGGCUUAUUGAGAAAAGGGAACCAUAGAAAAAGAAUGCACGCCCUUUGCCUACCAUUCCAGAGAAGUAUGUGGCUAGUUUAACUGAACAGAUUCGAGAUCAAAUUGCAAAGGAGAUGGAAGAACAAGUGCAGAAGAAGGUUGAAGAUAAUGUCAAGCUCAUGAUGUCCAAGCUGGCAGAAAAGAAUCCAGGCCUUAAUCUCGAUAUCGAGCUAACCAGUGCAACUGAGCCAACAGUUGAGCCAUCACAGGCCAAAAAUGGCAGUGAUUAACAGCCCUUGAUUGAUAUUUUCCGUAUUCUGAACUUAACAUGUCCUUGAUUAACUUUUAUUUAGGUUUUAUAUUAAGAUGAAUUUGUAUUUUGGAGAAGUUGGAGGAUCUGGUUUUAUUUUGAAAGAUGUGAUGUAUUUUGGAGUUGGGGAAUUGUCAGUACUGUUUGAGAAUUUGGUUGUUUGUUUGCUUGGAAACUUGAUAUUGUUAUUUAUAAAGGGAUGAUCUAAUUUUCAAACA